UCAGAACUGUCAUUCAAGAUACAUUGCACCACAUGCAACAAAGUAGUAGUCAAGCUAUGCUCAUCCAAUCUCUGAAGCUCAGACCAUCUCUCCAAGACUGCAACCAUGGAUGCUCCAUUUCUUUCUACUUCCCUUGCUGUUCUUGCCACCCUCUUUUUGCUUGCUCUACCAUUGAGUGCUGCAACUCAUGAUAUUCUACCACUGAAAUCCUCUCUCUUUGUUGAAGAGUAUGAAACCAACAUCCUGCAGUCAUCUGAUGGCACAUUCUCAUGUGGCUUCUACAACAUCACUAACGCCUACAACAUCACUAGCGCCUUCACCUUCUCAAUUUGGUACUCCAAUUCAGCUGACAAGGCCAUCGUAUGGAGCGCAAACCGUGGCCGUCCCGUGCACUCAAGGAGAUCAGAGAUCACUCUGCGCAAGGAUGGAAACAUAGUCCUCACUGACUAUGACGGCACAGUCGUGUGGCAAACUGACGGUAAAUUCCCUAAUGUUCGAUAUGUUCAAUUAUUGAACACUGGUAACCUUGUCUUGAAGAACUCCAGUGGAAACAUUGUUUGGCAAAGUUUCGAUUCACCGACAGAUACUUUGCUUCCUACUCAACGCAUUCUCGCUACAACAAAGUUAGUCUCUACCACUGGGUUACAGGUUCCUAGUCACUAUACCUUCCGUUUCAGCGAUCAGUCGAUAUUGUCACUUAUAUAUGAUGACACUAAUGUUUCCGGCGUAUACUGGCCAGAUCCUGAUUACCAGUACUAUGAGAAUAAUAGGAACCUUUAUAACAGUACAAGGAUAGGUAGUCUUGAUGAUUAUGGAGAAUUUUUUUCGAGUGAUCUUGCUAAGCAUCAAGCCCGUGUUGCCUCUGAUAGAAGCUUGGGGAUUAAAAGAAGGCUUACCUUGGAUUAUGAUGGUAAUCUUAGACUCUAUAGCUUGAAUAACUCAGAUGGAACAUGGACAAUUUCAUGGAUUGCUCAACCUCAAACAUGCAUGACUCAUGGUUUGUGUGGUCCAUAUGGAAUCUGCCACUAUUCACCUACACCAAGAUGUUCAUGCCCACCUGGUUAUAAGAUGAGGAAUCCGGGUAACUGGACACAAGGUUGCAAGCCUAUUGUCGAAAUUGCAUGCGAUGGUAAACAGAAUGUAACAUUUUUGCAACUUCGAAACACUGAUUUUUGGGGUUCUGAUCAACAACGUAUUGAAAAGGUACCUUGGGAGGUGUGUUGGAACACUUGCAUAAGUGACUGCACAUGCAAGGGAUUUCAAUACCAAGAAGGAAAUGGUACAUGCUAUCCAAAAUCUUUUCUCUUUAAUGGAAGGACUUUCCCAACACCUUUUGUGCGAACGAUGUAUAUCAAACUUCCUUCAAGUUUGGAUGUUUCAAAAAAACCCAUUCCACAGUCUAGUAUACAUGAUUAUACACUAAGUGGACUUGACUGUGAUCAUUUAAACACAAUAACCACAGAGGCAGUUCGUAACAUGAAUAAGAUUGGUGGGGAGGAACCAAAAUGGUUCUACUUCUAUGGGUUUAUCGGUGUGUUUUUCAUUGUUGAGGUUUUCUUCUUCGCAUUUGCAUGGUUCUUUGUCUUGAGGAAGGAGAUGCGGUCAUCUCAAGUAUGGAUAGCUGAGGAAGGCUACAGGGUGAUGACUAGUCAUUUCCGAAUGUAUAGUCAUAGAGAGCUGGUUAAGGCAACUGAAAGGUUUAAACAUGAGCUUGGAUGGGGAGGUUCAGGAGUUGUCUAUAAGGGAAUAUUGGAUGACGAUCGAGCAGUGGUCAUAAAAAAGUUGGAAAAUGUCACGCAAAAUAGGGAGGAGUUUCAGGAUGAGUUGCAUGUUAUUUCAAGAAUCAACCAUAUGAACCUAGUAAGAAUAUAUGGUUUUUGCUCAGAAAGAUUCCAUAGAUUGCUGGUCUUAGAGUAUGUUGAGAAUGGAUCAUUGGCUAAUGUACUGUUCAACAGUAAAAUCUUGUUAGAUUGGAAGCAAAGGUUUAAUAUUGCUUUAGGCGUUGCAAAGGGACUGGCUUAUCUUCACCAUGAGUGCCUAGAGUGGGUCAUUCACUGCAACCUAAAGCCAGAGAACAUUUUGCUGGAUGAGAAUUUAGAACCUAAGAUCACUGACUUUGGGUUGGCAAAGCUGCUUAGUAGAUCUGGCUCUAAUCAAAAUGUUUCACGAGCACGAGGGACCAUAGGUUACAUUGCUCCAGAAUGGAUAUCUGGUUUACCAAUAACAGCAAAGGUUGAUGUAUAUAGUUAUGGAGUCGUUCUUCUUGAGCUAGUGUCAGGAAGACGAGUCUUUGAUUUAAUCGUUGGAGAGGAUAAGACGAAGGUGCAUGAGAUGCUCAAGAAGUUUAUUAAGAUGAUUUGUUAUAGAUUGGACAAUGAGAAAUCAUUGUGGUUAGCAGAGUUCGUAGAUUUCAGAGUGGGUGAUGAAUUCAACUACUUGCAAGCAAAAACUUUGGUAAAGUUGGCUGUGUCCUGCUUGGAGGAAGAUAGGAAGAAAAGGCCAACAAUGGAAUCAAUAGUGGAGAGCCUCCUUUCAGUUGAUUUAGCUAGAAGUUAAUAAAAUAAUAAUGUACCGAAGGGAGAAUAUUUAUAAUAUUGGAGUCCCUUGGUGGUAUGUUAUUGCGAGGACCAUACUAAUUCUAGAAGUCUUCAUUUCCUAGGAUUACUGUAAUGUGUAUAAUGUUCUAUAUAAUUGUGUGUUUUACUUAUAUCUCGUAAUUUUUCCAUGUUAUUUAGUAAUGGUCUAAUGGAAUGGUGGUGGUAUAUUUUUCUAGUUUUUUUUAUAUUGGCAAAGUAAUGC